CAGUUGAAUUCGCGCCGCUACGAAGGGUAGACGUCUCUUCAGUAAAGGGCGGGAAUUUUACACAUAUUUUUGUGCAGAAUCUCUUGCGCGAAAUAUUAAGUUAAUUGGAAAAGUUUUAUUAUUUUUCCUGCUCAUCAAACCGACGGAAAUGCUUAUAUUUCCUGCUUAGUUUACAGUUGAAAGUUUGUUUCUUUCCGAAUAUCUUUUUCGAUGUAACUCAAUAAAAUGUUAUUGGUGGUAAAGUUGUUUUAACUUUGUCUAACUAAAUAAACGGUACUAUACUUUUAUGACGUAAAAUAUCGAAGUAUAAAUAUUUACCAAUGGUGUAUUAAAAGUUACGGUAUAAAAUUUUCUUGGAUUUAAAUAAGAAUGGCUCUAAGUUCGUUGACUCCGUCAAAUAUGCUUGGAGAGCUAGGUCGCCUGGCUAGCUGGCUGAAGGGCGACUGCCUGGCUCCCGAGGAGUAUGCAGGACUUGCUGUAACUGAAAAGUUGGAGAAUGUGCAGCUCCUGGACAAGUAUAACCUACGGAACCCGUCGAAGGGCACCCUGUACUUCGCGACCACACACCUCAUAUUCGUCGACCAUGAGAUGAGGAAGGAGACAUGGAUUCUCCUGAUGCACAUAUCGUCAGUGGAAAGGUUGCCGAUCACAACGACCGGGUCUCCGCUCCUGGUGAGGACAAAGACGUUUCAGUCGGUGUUCUUCGUGAUUCCUCGCGAGAGAGACUGCCAUGAGAUGCAUCAGACUCUGCUGAGGCUCAGCCAACCAGUACACAUCGAUGAGUUGUACUGCUUCUUCUACAAAUCGACGCCGGACGACCUGCCUAAGUCGGCUGGAUGGAACUUCUUCGAUAUUCAGACGGAAUACCAGAGGAUGAACGUUCCCAACGACCAAUGGGUUCUCUGCACCGCCAACAAAGAUUAUGAGCUGUGUGACACGUACCCGAGUGAGGUGUAUGUACCGGCUCGCGCCUCCACGGCGGUCCUGCUCGGCAGUGCGAGCUUCAGGUCGCGCGGUCGACUGCCCGUACUCGCAUACCUCCACCACAAUAAAGCCGCUAUAGCACGCUGCAGUCAGCCUCUCAGCGGCUUUUCUGCUAGAUGCAUGGAGGACGAACAGAUGUUGGAUCUGAUCAGGAGGGCGAACCCAAACUGCGGCUAUAUGUAUGUGGUGGACACUAGGCCAAGGAUCAAUGCGAUGGUGAACCGAGCUGCGGGCAAGGGUUAUGAGAAUGAAGCUUUCUAUGAGAACAUCAAGUUUCAGUUCAUGGGCAUCGGCAAUAUCCAUGUGAUGAGGAAGAGUCUACAGAAACUGGUCGAAACUUGUGAACAAAACACUCCUACAAUGUCCUCCUUCCUCAGCGGGUUGGAGUCCUCCGGGUGGUUGAAACACAUCAAGUCUAUCCUGGACACGUCGUGGUGGAUGGCGAACGCGCUGGAGGCGGGGGUGAGCGUCUGCGUGCACUGCAGCGACGGCUGGGACCGCACGGCGCAGGUCUGCUCGCUGGCCGCGCUCUGUCUCGACCCGCACUACCGCACCAUCAACGGGUACCAGGCGCUGAUAGAAAAGGACUGGCUAUCGUUCGGUCACAAGUUCACAGCCCGGUGCGGGCACAUUGCGUGCGACGGCCGCGAGAGGUCGCCCGUGUUCACACAACUGCUCGACUGCACCUGGCAACUGCUGCGACAGAGGCCUGAGGCAUUCCAGUUCAACGAGAGGUUCCUCCUGACGCUACACGAUCACGCGCAUGCGUGCCAGUACGGGACCUUUAUAGGAAACUGCGAGAAAGACAGGCGCGACUUACGGUUAUCAGAACGUACAUUCUCUCUAUGGGGAUACAUGGCGAGUCAUCUGAACGAGUACAAGAAUCCCUUGUACAACCCUAAGUCUCAUCCUGAUGUACUAAAACCAGACUUAAGUGCACAGAGCAUAAGGUUCUGGCGCGGCAUGUACUGCCGACACGAGAGUGGCGUCCACCCCAGGGAGGCCCUGGCGGACCUCCUCCCCGCCGCCGUGGACCACACCUCCGCGCUGCACCUGCACAUCAACUACCUCACCAAGAGAAUUACUACAUUCAAGAAUUUGCUGUCCGGGAAGAAGGGGGACAAAAGCAAAGAUACGGCUGUGGUCAACUAUCAGAAUGGAAACGUUAACUCGGUCGAGAUCGAAACUAAGACUGAAGCUCUACAAAUUGAUAACAAAUUACUAUACGAGUCUGGCGGCACUCUAUCGGAGUUGGAGUGUGCGAACCAUGACCACCCGCUGAAGGAAGUCUCAGCGCCUCCCAAGCCAGAUAAAAUACCUCUCAUUACUGAGAAGGCGAGUGAUUCGAUACCAGCAAACUUGGCGUUGUUAGAGCAGGAAGUGAACACCGUGGCGUUAGACUGGAAGAGUAUCAAGAAUGUUACUGAGUGCAGCUGUUCCACUCCUCUAGACCACUUCAGCAGGAAGCACCACUGCUGGGGCUGCGGGCGCUGCGUGUGCACGCGCUGCAUCGCGGCGCGCGCCCCCCUCCCCGGCCUGCACGCGCCCCGCGCCGCCCCCCUCUGCGCCGCCUGCUGCCCCCGCACGCCCGACCACUGCCCGCCCGACAUAGUGACGCCAGCAAACUGAAGAAUUCAAUAUUUAGAAAGAUAAAUAAUUGUUCCCCAUGCUGUGGUUAAAAAUGUUUACAAACAUUGACAAAACAAUUUAGAAUUGUAUCCAAUACGUAAGAAAAUGUUGUUUCCUUUUUUUGUAAGCAUUUUUAACAGCAACGUAAGACUAUUAAGUUUUAAAUGUAAUUCGCAAAGUAUUUUCUGUAAUUAUUUCAAGUAAUGAAGAAAUUCUAUUUAAUUAUGAGUGUAAUUUGAAUAUACUAAGUAUAUUGGAAACUCGAGUUACCAACACUGCUUUAUAGGUAUGUAAAUAAAAUAAAUAUCAGCCUAUAAUUAUAUCGCUUCUCGGCAAAAACGAGUUAGGAAAUGAGCAGAGUUGCUUAUCAAGAAGUUUCGUUUCACUUCAUUCAUGUUUAUUAAGGUUUAAAAAUGUUACAUUGGCGCUUAUCAGAUUACGAACUUUGAACCAUUUUUAUGCUUGAAAAGCGAACAUCUUAACUAGGAAUCAUUACAUGACAUGUUUGUUUGUAUGUAUAUGUCAUAUAAAGAUAUUUUGUAUAUAUUGGAAAUAAUGUUCAUUACUUCUACCAUGAGUUUGAAGUUUAGGAAACAGAGAGUAAAGUUCCCUAGGAAAAGGAGGAUCCUCCGACCAGGCGAGGUGAUCAGCCUGGCGGGCUUUCUGCCCAACUGUUGUUCGUUGGGAUUUUCUAUCCGUGUUAAUUCGCAUGUAAACUUCAUAAUAUGUGCGAUGCAGGAUAUUUGUGACGUCAUCCGUAGAUUUUGCUCGUCGAUAGUCUAUGUGCGACUUCUGUCAUCUGUCACUUGUUACUUGUCAAUGUGUCGCCACAGAAGUAAUAGUAUUUGUCGAUAGUCGCUAACGACGACGUAAAUUUUUUGUAAGACAAAUUUUACGUCUCUACCGGUCACCUGUGGAACUAAAAUUUGCCAUACAAAACAUGUACCUACCUCGUCGCUAGCGACUAUCGACAAAUACUAUUGCUUCAAACUCAUGGUAGAGGUAGUAUCUAUAUUGUUCACCUAUCAGGAACGUUAAGAAAAUAUCUGCAUCUUUUGAGUUAGUGGUAAUUAAAAUUAGUUUGAAUGUUUCCAAGUGUGUACUACUA